AGCUGAGAGUAGGGGAAGAGCUGAGGUCGGGGGCCACGCCCCUUCCUCCCAGCCCACCCACCCACCUUCCGCUUUAGCGGAGGUACCCGAGCUAUGGCUCCUGCAUCCUCUGGGCGAGUUCGGCGUCGAGCUCGGGGCUCCAAGCGGGCCGACGCGCGGGCCCGCUCGGCCGAGGACUGGUGGUGGGACAGGCUGGCACCUCGCGGCUCUGGGUACCACCUGCAGCAAGCGGACAGCAUGCUGCUCGUGCUGCCGGACCUGGAAAAUACCCGCGCUCGCGCGCACAGGCGCGCCCCUCGCCGCGCUCCGAGACCCCCGACUCGCGGCCCCACGGCGGCUGCCAAGCACAGGGCCAAGCCCCGACCUGAACCGUCGCCGGAUCAGGGCCCGGACUCCGGCUGGGGAGACCGUAUUCCCUUAGAAGUCCUGGUGCAUAUUUUCGGGUUGUUGGUUGCGGCUCAUGGGCCCAUGCCGUUUCUUGGCAGGUACACUAACAGCGCCUGCCGGGGUAUGGACUGGCGCACUGAGCAGGUGGAGUUGCAAGGCAGAGGGCAAAGCAUCUCAACGGGUAUACACGAGUGCUCCAGCACCUAUCUCCACUUGGAGCCCCCAAAGCCUGGCUUUAAGACCACUGCGCCGCAAGUUGCAGGGGCAGAUAUGCCGCUCCUAAGACACUUACUUUAUUGUAGGCAUCGCUCACGAAAAGUCAUGCACUCUCAGCGAACUGUUUCUUCUCCUAGGGCUGCACGCGUUUGCCGCCGUUGGCAUGAAGCCACCUCCCAUCCUGCACUCUGGCACACUGUGACCCUGUCACCCCCGCUGGUUGGCCGGGCUGCCAAGGGCAACCUUAAGGCAGAGAAGAAGCUCCUUGCUUCCCUGGAGUGGCUCAUACCCAAUCGGUUCUCACAGCUCCAGAGGUUGACCCUCAUCCAUUGGAAGUCUCAAGUACACCCUGUGUUGGAGCUGGUUAGCAAGUUCUGUCCCCGGCUCACCUUCCUCAAGCUUUCAGACUGCCACAAUGUGACUGCUGACACACUGGUCAUGUUGGCCAAAGCCUGCUGCCAGCUCCAUAGCCUGGACCUACACCAUUCCAUGGUAGAGUCUACAGCCGUGGUGAGCUUCUUGGAGGAAGCGGGGUCCCGAAUGCGGAAGCUGUGGCUGACCUACAGUUCCCAGACGACAGCCAUCUUGGGUGCGCUGCUGGGCAGCUGCUGCCCCCAGCUCCAAGUCCUGGAGGUCAGCACUGGCAUGAACUGCAACAGCACACCCCUGCAGCUGCCUGUGGAGGCUCUGCAGAAAGGCUGUCCCCGGUUACAGGUGCUACGGCUGCUGAACCUGAUUUGGCUCCCCAAGCCUUGUGGACGAGGGGUGCCCCAGGGACCAGGCUUCCCCAGCCUUGAGGAGCUCUGCCUGGCUGGCUCCACCUGCAACUUUGUGAGCAACGAGGUUCUGGGCCGCUUGCUCCAUUGCUCCCCCAAACUGCGCCUGCUGGAUCUUCGAGGCUGUGCUCGGAUCACGCCCACUGGCCUGUGUGAUUUACCAUGUCAAGAGCUGGAGCAACUCUACCUGGGCCUGUAUGGCAUGUCUGACGGCUUGACUCUGGCUAAGAAAGGCAGCCCCCUGUUGACCCAGAAGUGGUAUCACACCCUGAGGGAGCUGGACUUCAGUGGCCAAGGCUUCAGCGAGAAAGACCUGGAACAGGCCCUAGCCGUUUUCUCUGGCACCUCUGGGGGCUUACACCCAGCCUUGUGCUCCCUCAACCUAAGGGGUACCCGAGUCACACCAAGCACAGUCAGUUCUGUGAUUAGCAGUUGCCCGGGGCUGCUGUAUCUCAACCUGGAGUCCUGCCGGUGCCUCCCCAGGGGUCUGAAGCGUGCUUACCGGGGCCUGGAGGAAGUCCAGUGGUGUCUAGAGCAGCUACUUACAAGCCCACUAGCCUCCAGAUAGUCCACUUAACUCAAGACACCUACCAGCUUUUUUCCCUGCCCCUUUUCACUUGGAAAUGUUUGAGCUUUUGUUACAAUAAAGUAUUUUUAAGCAUUCUG